AAGUGCAUGUAUUGAACCUUUCAGGUAAUAUCAGAGUAUUGUCGUACACGUAUGAUAUCAAAGCCCUUCACUCGUAUAGUAAUGGACAUGUACCGUGAAGUUAUAAGAUCGCCUCAGUACAUAGCCCGUAACCGAGCGGCGUCCUCACGUCAAUUACAUCCUCAUCGCUGGAAUCAACGUACCGAAAACAAUGAAAAAUCAAUUCCCCCAAGCUGUAACUACACAAAGCCUCACCACGUCAAAGGACAGAUUUUCAAAGUUCAAUCACGCAAUUCACGGUCUCAUCCCAAUCUUCCGAGUGUCCUCGAGCCAUCGACGUUGCACCUCACCAAGCAUCAAUUUAAAUCCCAAACAGAUAUUAAAUCCAACGGGGCGUUAUUAACAGACAAAACACCCAGCCACAUUCGAACCAACUCACAGCCGAUAUAUUCCGAGUGUCCCAACAAGCCCGCAAACGAUUCGGAGAUACUAAACCCAGCAAACCGUAAAACCGAUGAAAAGAUUCCAAUUAGUGUCUACAGCGAGCCUAUUUACGCUUUUCCCGUAAAGCCGUUUCUUAGCUCCCAGGAUGUGCGCGUCAACGGGCUAACCGUUAAGCACACUCAAAAUCAAAACAGUCACUACGUCCGACCCAAGGGAAAGAUAAAUCUAGAUCCUACCACAACUAAUAAUAACUGCAAUUACAAUCCAAAUCCUCAAAAGCACAUUAAAGAUUCUCAUCUUGGCCAAGUGCCAUUUCGUAGCAUAGAAAUUAUACCCGACUCUUCCCACCAAAAUCGCCCGGCCCAUCUUGCCUUGCAUCGGCAGUAUUCAAGCCCGCAAAUUCAGAGCCGUAAUUUAGCAGGACAAAACUUGAGAAGCAAUUCAGUAGAGUCGAUAAUAGAAUCUCAAAAGCAGUAUCACAAUCAACACCAAUUCCAACAAAAGCAAAAGCUCUAUCAAAAUCCGGAUAAAAUAUAUCACUCGCAACCGCAAGAACAGAUGGAACGUCACCAAGAAUCUACUUACAACGUCCAAUCUUCAGUAGUUAACAACGCAGUGACAAAUUACUCUUAUCCGGGAGUUAUCUCUCUACCCGAGCCUCCCAACAACCCACCGCCACCCAAACCACCUCGGAAUCUCCAAGUACGAAAUGGGCCAAGGGCUCGUCGUGGUAAACCCGUACAACGAGCUCCAUCGCGGUUAUAUCGAGCUCUUGGUGGUCCAGUACGUUGUCUGAACAAGACACAAUGUGUCGGUCCGGAAUUUGUAGUACGAGCUAAUCAACCGUCAAAAUUCCUCAAAAUUGGUGACCCUAAGGGCAACAAUGUAGGCCGGUUGGUUGUCAUUCUGCUCUCUGGGCAGCGUAUCGACGUAGUAUGUGAUCGUAACAGGAUAACUGCGAGCCACUUAUUCCAGGCGAUCAUUCAAGCCGAGCAAUUGGAGGAGAACUUCACUCUUGGCUUGGCGGCUUUGUUAGCCGGAGAUUUUGCAAUGUUACCCCCAGAGACUAAGCUUCACAAAGUAGCGCCGCCUGGGUGGCUAAAUGACAAAAAUAAAGCAGGACCCCUUUGUCUUCCAACGAGCUUUAUGCUUUACUUACGGCAAAGAUUUUUUCUGCCCUCUUUACGGAACAUCCGGAGCUGGAUUUCAAAGCAUUUGUUGUACCUACAGAUAAGACGAUGUAUUUUAGAACAGCAGCUGGUCUGCUCAGUACCGCAGCUCGUCAAUUUGACAGGUCUUGCUCUGCAAGCGGAAUUCGGUAAUUACAAUGAGAAUGAACACGGUCGGGGAAAUUAUUUCCUUCUAGAGCAUUACGUACCCGAGACAUUGAUUCUAUCAAAUUCUGAGGAAAGAUCCCAAGUGAAUUUAUCUAAUGAAACUCUAACAUUGCAGCUGCAUCAAGCCCACCAAAAUAGACGAGGGCUAGAUCCUAAUACCGCUGAGGAAUUAUUUAUUACUCAUGCUCAAGAACUUGAUGAUUAUGGAUUACAUCUUUAUAUUGCGACAAUUGAUGCUAGGGAGUUGAAUAAAAUUAUCCAACAAUUGUCGAAAGAAUCUAAGCUUAAAAAAAUUAACUAUCAACCCAAUGAUACUAUUGUUAACGUUGAAGGUAAGGAAAAUGUUUACGCUAUACCGAAAAAUAUUAGCCCUGAGGUCAAAAGCAAUUAUAAAAAUAGCAAAGUUAGAAAAGCAGAAACUAACAUUUGGUUUGGAAUUUACGGCCAGGGUGUUAAAUUAUUCAAACGCGCUGGGCAAGUUAGGGAAAUAACGGAAUUAGUCCGACUUGAAUGGCGGGAUAUUUAUACGUUGACUUACAGCAAAAAUGGCCUUGUAAUUUAUACGAAACAAAAUGGCCGUAAGCAUCUUAAGUUUCAUCUCAAAAUGGAUCACAAAAAAAGUUACUAUGCUUUUAAUUUGACGUCUUUGCACCAUCAAUUUUUCCAAAAAUUCAGAUCAGGAUUGACGUCGCAUCAAGAUUUGAUAAAAGAUUUUGGCGUUGCCUUGGUAACAGAAUCUUCUGGAAAUAUUAAAUCAAAAAGCAAAGUCAAAGUUAAGAUUGGCUCGGUGACAAAGGCUGUUAAUGUCACCGACAAGUCGUUGGAAGAUUCUCAAAACAAAGAAAAUGAAAAUCCUGAUAAAGAUUCAAGCCCGUCGCAAAUUAGCAAUGACUCUGUUUGCUACACGCCAGAAGACGACGGGCUCUAUGCACAAGUUAAUGCACGCUUAGAGCCAGAAGGCGCUCGAUUGGAGCCGGAAGGCGCCUCCCGUGAUACUGAAGAUGAAAGUGAACGUGCUCAAUUGAAUGAACGUGAUAAAUUGGAUAACUGCAGAGUCUUUAGAGACGACGCGUAUAAUUAUCAGAGUAUCGGGCAAUUGUGUAAGUCUAUUUAUGAUAUUCCUAAGUUGAUGUCUUCCAAUGGUUACAAAUCGAGUGAUAAAGUUGCGAUUCAUCCAGAAGAGCUUUAUGCCGCGAUUGAUAAGUCCGGAGGGUCUAAGAAGAAUCAAUUGCACGUUUAUCGCUCGACUGAGUCCGCUUCUGACUGGAACGCGGAAAAUGACGCUAAAAAUUAUAGUAAAAUAAAAACUUCAAGUCUUCCUAGUUCUAAUAGCAAUCCAGCUUCAGCUAAUAAUCUUCAGCAAGAUCAGCAGGGUUCAAGGACACCCAGCUUGCCUAGACGAUUGGGGGUUAAAAUGGGCACCCGGGCUAUUUAUGGCAACAGUUUGGCGCCCAAAGACUCGGCUGAUGAAUUUGAAUCAAUGUCGCUCAAAUCGGAUUCCGUUUCUUCUAUACGCUCGUUGGUUCAUUCCAAUGAAUCGCCUAUGGCUGAAGCAUAUGUUUUAAAUGCUGACUUGCGGAUCGAUGAUGAAACAUUUCAUAUAUCGAAUGAUGAAACUAUGUCGACGUCCCUUAUGGCACGAUUGGAAGAGUUGUCGUUUGUUGAAGAACGGAUUUUACGCACAAUUAAAUUAGAAAGGGGCCAUGGAGGAAGUAUUGGGUUGCAAGUUACUGAAGGUAAUGACGGAGGUGUUUAUGUUCAAGCUAUUUCUGUUGGUGGCUCUGCUGAUAUGGCUGGAAAUAUUAAUAAAGGUGAUCGAAUCGUAGCAAUAAAUGGGCAUAGUCUACUUAAUUUUCGUUACGAAGAUGCGUUGAAGCUGCUUCAAAAUAGUUCUUGCCAAACGAUUGAAUUGGUCUUAUCACAAAUAAUUAACCAUAGUAAUUACAGUGAUAAUUACUCUUGUAAUCAAGAUAAUAUAAAGACCACUCGAAAUCAACUACAAAGUACAAUUAAUGAUAAAUCAGAUAAUUCAUUAGACACACAAACAACUUCUAGUUUGACAUCAAGAUGGUUAGCGCCGUCUAAAUCAUGUGAUCCUACGGCGUCGGUUCAGAAUACUUCUAGCGCCUACAGCAGUGCUGCUUCUAGUACAAUGGGCAAUUAUGAUGCUAAAAAUUUUUAUAACAUUGAUGGAAUUUCGAGGAAUGGAAUUAAUUCUGCUAGCAUACUGAUUAAUAUUGAAGACUUGGAUAUAAGUUCAUCCAGUCAUCAAGUUUUUAUAUAG